AUGCUUUCUCCGCCCACCGCCCUCGCCCCGCCCGUCGCCCUCGCCGCCUCGCCGCCCGUCGACCUCGGUUCCCUCGCCCAUCGCUCUCGCUUCCCCCGCCCGUCGCUCUCGCUUUCCCCGCCUACACCCUCGCCUCGCCUGUCGGCCUCGCCGCUUCCCCGCCCGUCGCCCUCGCUUCCGCCCGUCGCCCUCCCUUCCGCCCCCCUCCCUUCCUCCCGUUGCCUUCCCUUCCGCCCGCCGCCCUUCCUUUCCCUCGUCGCGUUCCUUUCCGCCCGUUGCCCCCCUUCGUCUCGUCGCCCUCCUUCCCGCUCGUCCCCUCGCAAUCUCCGUCUCUCUCUUCUCCCGUCGCCCUCGCUUUCCCCGUCGCCCUCCCAUCCACUCCUCGUUGUCCUCGCCAUCCCUCCCUUCCUCUCCCUCGCACACUUCUGGUCCCUCUUCUGUCACCGCCCCUUUUCCCAAUCCUUCCCCUUCCUUCUUCCCCUUCCCCUUCCUCCCCCCUCCCUUUUUCCUUGCUUCCCCUCCUUCCUUUUUUCCCCCCGUCCCUUUCCGUGCUUCCCCUUCCCUUCCUUGCCUGCUUCCCCUCCCCUUCCCCUCCUCCUGCUUCCCCCCUUCUGCUUCCCCCAUCCCCUUCCGUCCUUCCCCCUCCCUUCCGUGCUUCCCCCAUCCCCUUCCCGUGCUUCCCCUCCUUCCGGCUUCCCCCCCUCCCCUUCCUGCUUCUUCCCAUCCCCUCCUUCCUUCCCCCAUCCCCUUCUUGCCCUUCCCCCAUCCCCUUCCGUGCUUCCCCCAUCCCCUCCCUUCCCCCAUCCCUUCCCCCUUCCCCUUCCCCUGCUUCCCCCUCUCCCUUUCCCUUGUGCUUUCCCCUCCCCUUCCGUGCUUCCCCCAUCCGCUUCCGUGCUUCCCCCCCCUUCCGUGCUCUUCAUCCCCUUCCUCCCCUUCCGUUCUUCUUCCCCCAUCCAUCUUCCGUGCUUCCCCCAUCCCCUUUUGUGCUUCCCCCAUCCCCUUCCGUGCUCCCUGCAUCCCCCCCCCUUUUCCCCUUCCCCCAUCCCCUUCCGUGCUUCCCCCUCCCCUUCCCUCUUGUGCUUCCCCAUCUCCCUCCCCUGCUUCUUCCUCCCCCUCCGUUCCCUUCCCCCCUUCCCUUCCGUGCUUCCCCCCCCCCCUUCCGUGCUUCCCCCAUCCCUUCCGUGCUUCCCCCAUCCCCUUCCCCCUUCCCCUCUUCCCCCAUCCCCUUCCUGCUUCCCCUUCCCUUCCGUUUUCCGCCCCUUCCGUGCUUCCCCCUCCCUCUUUUCCCAUUUCCCCCUUCCCCUUAUUCCCUGCCUCCCCCUCUGCUUCCCCCUUCCCCUUCCCCUUCGUGCUUCCCUUUCCCCUUCCCGUGCUUCCCCCAUCCCCUUACCUUCCCAUCCCUUCCUCCCCAUCCCUUCCCUUCCCCCAUCCCUUUCCGUGCUUCCCAUCUCCCCUUCCCGGCCCCUUUCCCCCCAUCCCCCUUCCGUGCUUCCCCCAUCCCCUUCCGUGCUUCCCCCAUCCCCUUCCGUGCUUCCCCCAUCCCCUUCCGUGCUUCCCCAUCCCCUUCCGUGCUUCCCCUCCCUUCCGUGCUUCCCCCAUCCCCUUCCGUGCUUCCCCCAUCCCCUUCCGUGCUUCCCCCAUCCCCUUCCGUGCUUCCCCAUCCCCUUCCGUGCUUCCCCCAUCCCCUUCCGUGCUUCCCCCAUCCCCUUCCGUGCUUCCCCCAUCCCCUUCCGUGCUUCCCCCAUCCCCUUCCGUGCUUCCCCCAUCCCCUUCCGUGCUUCCCCCAUCCCCUUCCGUGCUUCCCCCAUCCCCUUCCGUGCUUCCCCCAUCCCCUUCCGUGCUUCCCCAUCCCCUUCCGUGCUUCCCCCAUCCCCUUUCCGUGCUUCCCCCAUCCCCUUCCGUGCUUCCCCCAUCCCCUUCCGUGCUUCCCCCAUCCCCUUCCGUGCUUCCCCCAUCCCCUUCCGUGCUUCCCCCAUCCCCUUCCGUGCUUCCCCCAUCCCCUUCCGUGCUUCCCCCAUCCCCUUCCGUGCUUCCCCCAUCCCUUCCGUGCUUCCCCCAUCCCCUUCCGUGCUUCCCCCAUCCCCUUCCGUGCUUCCCCCAUCCCCUUCCGUGCUUCCCCCAUCCCCUUCCGUGCUUCCCCCAUCCCCUUCCGUGCUUCCCCCAUCCCCUCCGUGCUUCCCCCAUCCCCUUCCGUGCUUCCCCCAUCCCCUUCCGUGCUUCCCCCAUCCCCUUCCGUGCUUCCCCCAUCCCCUUCCGUGCUUCCCCCAUCCCCUUCCGUGCUUCCCCCAUCCUUCCGUGCUUCCCCCAUCCCCUUCCGUGCUUCCCCCAUCCCUUUCCGUGCUUCCCCCAUCCCCUUCUGCUUCCCCCAUCCCCUUCCGUGCUUCCCCCAUCCCCUUCCGUGCUUCCCCCAUCCCCUUCCGUGCUUCCCCCAUCCCCUUCCGUGCUUCCCCCCCCAUCCCUUCCGUGCUUCCCCCAUCCCCUUCCGUGCUUCCCCCAUCCCCUUCCGUGCUUCCCCCAUCCCCUUCCGUGCUUCCCCCAUCCCCUUCCGUGCUUCCCCCAUCCCCUUCCGUGCUUCCCCCAUCCCCUUCCGUGCUUCCCCCAUCCCCUUCCGUGCUUCCCCCAUCCCCUUCCGUGCUUCCCCCAUCCCCUUCCGUGCUUCCCCCAUCCCCUUCCGUGCUUCCCCCAUCCCCUUCCGUGCUUCCCCCAUCCCCUUCCGUGCUUCCCCCAUCCCUUCCGUGCUUCCCCCAUCCCCUUCCGUGCUUCCCCCAUCCCCUUCCGUGCUUCCCCCAUCCCCUUCCGUGCUUCCCCCAUCCCCUUCCGUGCUUCCCCAUCCCUUCCGUGCUUCCCCCAUCCCCUUCCGUGCUUCCCCCAUCCCCUUCCGUGCUUCCCCCAUCCCCUUCCGUGCUUCCCCAUCCCCCUUCCGUGCUUCCCCCAUCCCCUUCCGUGCUUCCCCCAUCCCCUUCCGUGCUUCCCCCAUCCCCCUUCCGUGCUUCCCCCAUCCCCUUCCGUGCUUCCCCCAUCCCCUUCCGUGCUUCCCCCAUCCCCUUCCGUGCUUCCCCCAUCCCCUUCCGUGCUUCCCCCAUCCCUUCCGUGCUUCCCCCAUCCCCUUCCGUGCUUCCCCCAUCCCCUUCCGUGCUUCCCAUCCCCUUCCGUGCUUCCCCCAUCCCCUUCCGUGCUUCCCCCAUCCCCUUCCGUGCUUCCCCCAUCCCCUUCCGUGCUUCCCCCAUCCCCUUCCGUGCUUCCCCCAUCCCCUUCCGUGCUUCCCCCAUCCCCUUCCGUGCUUCCCCCAUCCCCUUCCGUGCUUCCCCCAUCCCCUUCCGUGCUUCCCCCAUCCCCUUCCGUGCUUCCCCAUCCCCUUCCGUGCUUCCCCCAUCCCCUUCCGUGCUUCCCCCAUCCCCUUCCGUGCUUCCCCCAUCCCCUUCCGUGCUUCCCCCAUCCCUUCCUCCGUGCUUCCCCCAUCCCCUUCCGUGCUUCCCCAUCCCCUUCCGUGCUUCCCCCAUCCCCUUCCGUGCUUCCCCCAUCCCCUUCCGUGCUUCCCCCAUCCCCUUCCGUGCUUCCCCCAUCCCCUUCCGUGCUUCCCCCAUCCCCUUCCGUGCUUCCCCCAUCCCCUUCCGUGCUUCCCCCAUCCCCUUCCGUGCUUCCCCCAUCCCCUUCCGUGCUUCCCCCAUCCCCUUCCGUGCUUCCCCAUCCCCUUCCGUGCUUCCCCCAUCCCCUUCCGUGCUUCCCCCAUCCCCUUCCGUGCUUCCCCCCAUCCCCUUCCGUGCUUCCCCCAUCCCCUUCCGUGCUUCCCCCAUCCCCUUCCGUGCUUCCCCCAUCCCCUUCCGUGCUUCCCCCAUCCCCUUCCGUGCUUCCCCCAUCCCCUUCCGUGCUUCCCCCAUCCCCUUCCGUGCUUCCCCCAUCCCCUUCCGUGCUUCCCCCAUCCCCUUCCGUGCUUCCCCCAUCCCCUUCCGUGCUUCCCCCAUCCCCUUCCGUGCUUCCCCCAUCCCCUUCCGUGCUUCCCCCAUCCCCUUCCGUGCUUCCCCCAUCCCCUUCCGUGCUUCCCCCAUCCCCUUCCGUGCUUCCCCCAUCCCCUUCCGUGCUUCCCCCAUCCCCUUCCGUGCUUCCCCCAUCCCCUUCCGUGCUUCCCCCAUCCCCUUCCGUGCUUCCCCCAUCCCCUUCCGUGCUUCCCCCAUCCCCUUCCGUGCUUCCCCCAUCCCUUCCGUGCUUCCCCCAUCCCCUUCCGUGCUUCCCCCAUCCCCUUCCGUGCUUCCCCAUCCCCUUCCGUGCUUCCCCCAUCCCCUUCCGUGCUUCCCCCAUCCCCUUCCGUGCUUCCCCCAUCCCCUUCCGUGCUUCCCCCAUCCCCUUCCGUGCUUCCCCCAUCCCCUUCCGUGCUUCCCCAUCCCCUUCCGUGCUUCCCCCAUCCCCUUCCGUGCUUCCCCCAUCCCCUUCCGUGCUUCCCCCAUCCCCUUCCGUGCUUCCCCCAUCCCCUUCCGUGCUUCCCCCAUCCCCUUCCGUGCUUCCCCCAUCCCCUUCCGUGCUUCCCCCAUCCCCUUCCGUGCUUCCCCCAUCCCCUUCCGUGCUUCCCCCAUCCCCUUCCGUGCUUCCCCAUCCCCUUCCGUGCUUCCCCCAUCCCCUUCCGUGCUUCCCCGCCCUUCCGUGCUUCCCCCAUCCCCUUCCGUGCUUCCCCCAUCCCCUUCCGUGCUUCCCCCAUCCCCUUCCGUGCUUCCCCCAUCCCCUUCCGUGCUUCCCCCAUCCCCUUCCGUGCUUCCCCCAUCCCCUUCCGUGCUUCCCCCAUCCCCUUCCGUGCUUCCCCCAUCCCCUUCCGUGCUUCCCCCAUCCCCUUCCGUGCUUCCCCCAUCCCCUUCCGUGCUUCCCCCAUCCCCUUCCGUGCUUCCCCCAUCCCCUUCCGUGCUUCCCCCAUCCCCUUCCGUGCUUCCCCCAUCCCCUUCCGUGCUUCCCCCAUCCCCUUCCGUGCUUCCCCCAUCCCUUCCGUGCUUCCCCCAUCCCUUCCGUGCUUCCCCCAUCCCUUCCGUGCUUCCCCAUCCCCUUCCGUGCUUCCCCCAUCCCCUUCCGUGCUUCCCCCAUCCCCUUCCGUGCUUCCCCCAUCCCCUUCCGUGCUUCCCCCAUCCCCUUCCGUGCUUCCCCCAUCCCCUUCCGUGCUUCCCCCCAUCCCCUUCCGUGCUUCCCCCAUCCCCUUCCGUGCUUCCCCCAUCCCCUUCCGUGCUUCCCCAUCCCCUUCCCGUGCUUCCCCCAUCCCCUUCCGUGCUUCCCCCAUCCCCUUCCGUGCUUCCCCCAUCCCCUUCCGUGCUUCCCCCAUCCCCUUCCGUGCUUCCCCCAUCCCCUUCCGUGCUUCCCCCAUCCCCUUCCGUGCUUCCCCCAUCCCCUUCCGUGCUUCCCCCAUCCCCUUCCGUGCUUCCCCCAUCCCCUUCCGUGCUUCCCCCAUCCCCUUCCGUGCUUCCCCCAUCCCCUUCCGUGCUUCCCCCAUCCCCUUCCGUGCUUCCCCCAUCCCCUUCCGUGCUUCCCCCAUCCCCUUCCGUGCUUCCCCCAUCCCCUUCCGUGCUUCCCCCAUCCCCUUCCGUGCUUCCCCCAUCCCUUCCGUGCUUCCCCCAUCCCCUUCCGUGCUUCCCCCAUCCCCUUCCGUGCUUCCCCCAUCCCCUUCCGUGCUUCCCCCAUCCCCUUCCGUGCUUCCCCAUCCCCUUCCGUGCUUCCCCCAUCCCCUUCCGUGCUUCCCCCAUCCCCUUCCGUGCUUCCCCCAUCCCCUUCCGUGCUUCCCCCAUCCCCUUCCGUGCUUCCCCCCAUCCCCUUCCGUGCUUCCCCCAUCCCCUUCCGUGCUUCCCCCAUCCCCUUCCGUGCUUCCCCCAUCCCCUUCCGUGCUUCCCCCCAUCCCCUUCCGUGCUUCCCCCAUCCCCUUCCGUGCUUCCCCCAUCCCCUUCCGUGCUUCCCCAUCCCCUUCCGUGCUUCCCCCAUCCCCUUCCGUGCUUCCCCCAUCCCCUCCGUGCUUCCCCCAUCCCCUUCCGUGCUUCCCCCAUCCCCUUCCGUGCUUCCCCCAUCCCCUUCCGUGCUUCCCCCAUCCCCUUCCGUGCUUCCCCCCCCCUCCCCUUCCGUGCUUCCCCAUCCCCUUCCGUGCUUCCCCCAUCCCCUUCCGUGCUUCCCCCAUCCCCUUCCGUGCUUCCCCCAUCCCCUUCCGUGCUUCCCCCAUCCCCUUCCGUGCUUCCCCCAUCCCCUUCCGUGCUUCCCCCCCCCUUCCGUGCUUCCCCCAUCCCCUUCCGUGCUUCCCCCAUCCCCUUCCGUGCUUCCCCCAUCCCCUUCCGUGCUUCCCCCAUCCCCUUCCGUGCUUCCCCCAUCCCCUUCCGUGCUUCCCCCAUCCCCUUCCGUGCUUCCCCCAUCCCCUUCCGUGCUUCCCCCAUCCCCUUCCGUGCUUCCCCCAUCCCCUUCCGUGCUUCCCCCAUCCCCUUCCGUGCUUCCCCCAUCCCCUUCCGUGCUUCCCCCAUCCCCUUCCGUGCUUCCCCCAUCCCCUUCCGUGCUUCCCCCAUCCCCUUCCGUGCUUCCCCAUCCCCUUCCGUGCUUCCCCCAUCCCCUUCCGUGCUUCCCCAUCCCCUCCGUGCUUCCCCAUCCCUUCCGUGCUUCCCCCAUCCCCUUCCGUGCUUCCCCCAUCCCCUUCCGUGCUUCCCCCAUCCCCUUCCGUGCUUCCCCCAUCCCCUUCCGUGCUUCCCCCAUCCCCUUCCGUGCUUCCCCCAUCCCCUUCCGUGCUUCCCCCAUCCCCUUCCGUGCUUCCCCCAUCCCCUUCCGUGCUUCCCCAUCCCCUUCCCCCCCCGUGCUUCCCCCAUCCCCUUCCGUGCUUCCCCCAUCCCCUUCCGUGCUUCCCCCAUCCCCUUCCGUGCUUCCCCCAUCCCCUUCCGUGCUUCCCCCAUCCCCUUCCGUGCUUCCCCCAUCCCCUUCCGUGCUUCCCCCAUCCCCUUCCGUGCUUCCCCCAUCCCCUUCCGUGCUUCCCCCAUCCCCUUCCGUGCUUCCCAUCCCUUCCUCCGUGCUUCCCCCAUCCCCUUCCGUGCUUCCCCCAUCCCCUUCCGUGCUUCCCCAUCCCCUUCCGUGCUUCCCCCAUCCCCUUCCGUGCUUCCCCAUCCCCUUCCGUGCUUCCCCCAUCCCCUUCCGUGCUUCCCCCAUCCCCUUCCGUGCUUCCCCAUCCCCUUCCGUGCUUCCCCCAUCCCCUUCCGUGCUUCCCCCAUCCCUUCCGUGCUUCCCCCAUCCCCUUCCGUGCUUCCCCCAUCCCCUUCCGUGCUUCCCCCAUCCCCUUCCGUGCUUCCCCCAUCCCCUUCCGUGCUUCCCCCAUCCCCUUCCGUGCUUCCCCAUCCCCUUCCGUGCUUCCCCCAUCCCUUCCGUGCUUCCCCCAUCCCCUUCCGUGCUUCCCCCAUCCCCUUCCGUGCUUCCCCCAUCCCCUUCGUGCUUCCCCCCCAUCCCCUUCCGUGCUUCCCCCAUCCCCUUCCGUGCUUCCCCCAUCCCCUUCCGUGCUUCCCCCAUCCCCUUCCGUGCUUCCCCCAUCCCCUUCCGUGCUUCCCCCAUCCCCUUCCGUGCUUCCCCCAUCCCCUUCCGUGCUUCCCCCAUCCCCUUCCGUGCUUCCCCCAUCCCCUUCCGUGCUUCCCCCAUCCCUUCCGUGCUUCCCCCAUCCCCUUCCGUGCUUCCCCCAUCCCCUUCCGUGCUUCCCCCAUCCCCUUCCGUGCUUCCCCCAUCCCCUUCCGUGCUUCCCCAUCCCCUUCCGUGCUUCCCCCAUCCCCUUCCGUGCUUCCCCCAUCCCCUUCCGUGCUUCCCCCAUCCCCUUCCGUGCUUCCCCCAUCCCCUUCCGUGCUUCCCCCAUCCCCUUCCGUGCUUCCCCCAUCCCCUUCCGUGCUUCCCCCAUCCCUUCCGUGCUUCCCCCAUCCCCUUCCGUGCUUCCCCAUCCCCUUCCGUGCUUCCCCCAUCCCUUCCGUGCUUCCCCCAUCCCCUUCCGUGCUUCCCCCAUCCCUUCCGUGCUUCCCCCAUCCCCUUCCGUGCUUCCCCAUCCCCUUCCGUGCUUCCCCCAUCCCCUUCCGUGCUUCCCCCAUCCCCUUCCGUGCUUCCCCCCAUCCCCUUCCGUGCUUCCCCCAUCCCCUUCCGUGCUUCCCCCAUCCCCUUCCGUGCUUCCCCCAUCCCCUUCCGUGCUUCCCCCAUCCCCUUCCGUGCUUCCCCCAUCCCUUCCGUGCUUCCCCCAUCCCCUUCCGUGCUUCCCCAUCCCCUUCCGUGCUUCCCCCAUCCCCUUCCGUGCUUCCCCCAUCCCCUUCCGUGCUUCCCCCAUCCCCUUCCGUGCUUCCCCCAUCCCCUUCCGUGCUUCCCCCAUCCCCUUCCGUGCUUCCCCCAUCCCCUUCCGUGCUUCCCCAUCCCUUCCGUGCUUCCCCCAUCCCCUUCCGUGCUUCCCCCAUCCCCUUCCGUGCUUCCCCCAUCCCCUUCCGUGCUUCCCCCAUCCCCUUCCGUGCUUCCCCCAUCCCCUUCCGUGCUUCCCCCAUCCCCUUCCGUGCUUCCCCCAUCCCCUUCCGUGCUUCCCCCAUCCCCUUCCGUGCUUCCCCCAUCCCCUUCCGUGCUUCCCCCAUCCCCUUCCGUGCUUCCCCCAUCCCCUUCCGUGCUUCCCCCAUCCCCUUCCGUGCUUCCCCCAUCCCCUUCCGUGCUUCCCCCAUCCCCUUCCGUGCUUCCCCCAUCCCCUUCCGUGCUUCCCCCAUCCCCUUCCGUGCUUCCCCCAUCCCCUUCCGUGCUUCCCCCAUCCCCUUCCGUGCUUCCCCCAUCCCCUUCCGUGCUUCCCCAUCCCCUUCCGUGCUUCCCCCAUCCCCUUCCGUGCUUCCCCCAUCCCCUUCCGUGCUUCCCCAUCCCCUUCCGUGCUUCCCCAUCCCCUUCCGUGCUUCCCCCAUCCCCUUCCGUGCUUCCCCCAUCCCCUUCCGUGCUUCCCCCAUCCCCUUCCGUGCUUCCCCAUCCCUUCCGUGCUUCCCCCAUCCCCUUCCGUGCUUCCCCCAUCCCCUUCCGUGCUUCCCCCAUCCCCUUCCGUGCUUCCCCCAUCCCCUUCCGUGCUUCCCCCAUCCCCUUCCGUGCUUCCCCCAUCCCCUUCCGUGCUUCCCCCAUCCCCUUCCGUGCUUCCCCCAUCCCCUUCCGUGCUUCCCCCAUCCCCUUCCGUGCUUCCCCCAUCCCCUUCCGUGCUUCCCCCAUCCCUUCCGUGCUUCCCCCAUCCCCUUCCGUGCUUCCCCCAUCCCCUUCCGUGCUUCCCCCAUCCCCUUCCGUGCUUCCCCCAUCCCCUUCCGUGCUUCCCCCAUCCCCUUCCGUGCUUCCCCCAUCCCCUUCCGUGCUUCCCCCAUCCCCUUCCGUGCUUCCCCCAUCCCCUUCCGUGCUUCCCCCAUCCCCUUCCGUGCUUCCCCAUCCCCUUCCGUGCUUCCCCCAUCCCCUUCCGUGCUUCCCCCAUCCCCUUCCGUGCUUCCCCCAUCCUUCCGUGCUUCCCCCAUCCCCUUCCGUGCUUCCCCAUCCCCUUCCGUGCUUCCCCCAUCCCCUUCCGUGCUUCCCCCAUCCCCUUCCGUGCUUCCCCUCCCCUUCCGUGCUUCCCCCAUCCCUUCCGUGCUUCCCCCAUCCCCUUCGUGCUUCCCCCAUCCCCUUCCGUGCUUCCCCCAUCCCCUUCCGUGCUUCCCCCAUCCCCUUCCGUGCUUCCCCCAUCCCCUUCCGUGCUUCCCCCAUCCCCUUCCGUGCUUCCCCAUCCCCUUCCGUGCUUCCCCCAUCCCCUUCCGUGCUUCCCCCAUCCCCUUCCGUGCUUCCCCAUCCCCUUCCGUGCUUCCCCCAUCCCCUUCCGUGCUUCCCCCAUCCCCUUCCGUGCUUCCCCCAUCCCCUUCCGUGCUUCCCCCAUCCCCUUCCGUGCUUCCCCCAUCCCCUUCCGUGCUUCCCCCAUCCCCUUCCGUGCUUCCCCCAUCCCCUUCCGUGCUUCCCCCCAUCCCCUUCCGUGCUUCCCCCAUCCCCUUCCGUGCUUCCCCAUCCCCUUCCGUGCUUCCCCCAUCCCCUUCCGUGCUUCCCCCAUCCCCUUCCGUGCUUCCCCAUCCCCUUCCGUGCUUCCCCAUCCCCUUCCGUGCUUCCCCCAUCCCCUUCCGUGCUUCCCCCAUCCCCUUCCGUGCUUCCCCAUCCCCUUCCGUGCUUCCCCCAUCCCCUUCCGUGCUUCCCCCAUCCCCUUCCGUGCUUCCCCCAUCCCCUUCCGUGCUUCCCCCAUCCCCUUCCGUGCUUCCCCAUCCCCUUCGUGCUUCCCCCAUCCCCUUCCGUGCUUCCCCCAUCCCCUUCCGUGCUUCCCCCAUCCCCUUCCGUGCUUCCCCCAUCCCCUUCCGUGCUUCCCCCAUCCCCUUCCGUGCUUCCCCCAUCCCCUUCCGUGCUUCCCCCAUCCCCUUCCGUGCUUCCCCCAUCCCUUCCGUGCUUCCCCCAUCCCCUUCCGUGCUUCCCCCAUCCCCUUCCGUGCUUCCCCCCAUCCCCUUCCGUGCUUCCCCCAUCCCCUUCCGUGCUUCCCCCAUCCCCUUCCGUGCUUCCCCCAUCCCCUUCCGUGCUUCCCCCAUCCCCUUCCGUGCUUCCCCCAUCCCCUUCCGUGCUUCCCCAUCCCCUUCCGUGCUUCCCCCAUCCCCUUCCGUGCUUCCCCCAUCCCCUUCCGUGCUUCCCCCAUCCCCUUCCGUGCUUCCCCCAUCCCCUUUUUUUUUUUUUCCGUGCUUCCCCCAUCCUUCCGUGCUUCCCCCAUCCCCUUCGUGCUUCCCCAUCCCCUUCCGUGCUUCCCCCAUCCCCUUCCGUGCUUCCCCCAUCCCCUUCCGUGCUUCCCCCAUCCCCUUCCGUGCUUCCCCCAUCCCCUUCCGUGCUUCCCCCAUCCCCUUCCGUGCUUCCCCCAUCCCCUUCCGUGCUUCCCCCAUCCCCUUCCGUGCUUCCCCCAUCCCCUUCCGUGCUUCCCCCAUCCCCUUCCGUGCUUCCCCCAUCCCCUUCCGUGCUUCCCCCAUCCCUUCCGUGCUUCCCCCAUCCCCUUCCGUGCUUCCCCCAUCCCCUUCCGUGCUUCCCCCCCAUCCCCUUCCGUGCUUCCCCCAUCCCCUUCCGUGCUUCCCCCAUCCCUUCCGUGCUUCCCCCAUCCCCUUCCGUGCUUCCCCCAUCCCCUUCCGUGCUUCCCCCAUCCCCUUCCGUGCUUCCCCCAUCCCCUUCCGUGCUUCCCCCCAUCCCCUUCCGUGCUUCCCCCAUCCCCUUCCGUGCUUCCCCAUCCCCUUCCGUGCUUCCCCCAUCCCCUUUCCGUGCUUCCCCCAUCCCCUUCCGUGCUUCCCCCAUCCCCUUCCGUGCUUCCCCCAUCCCCUUCCGUGCUUCCCCCAUCCCCUUCCGUGCUUCCCCCAUCCCCUUCCGUGCUUCCCCCAUCCCCUUCCGUGCUUCCCCCAUCCCCUUCCGUGCUUCCCCCAUCCCCUUCCGUGCUUCCCCCAUCCCCUUCCGUGCUUCCCCCAUCCCCUUCCGUGCUUCCCCCAUCCCCUUCCGUGCUUCCCCCAUCCCCUUCCGUGCUUCCCCCAUCCCCUUCCGUGCUUCCCCCAUCCCCUUCCGUGCUUCCCCCAUCCCCUUCCGUGCUUCCCCCAUCCCCUUCCGUGCUUCCCCAUCCCCUUCCGUGCUUCCCCCAUCCCCUUCCGUGCUUCCCCCAUCCCCUUCCGUGCUUCCCCCAUCCCCUUCCGUGCUUCCCCCAUCCCCUUCCGUGCUUCCCCCAUCCCCUUCCGUGCUUCCCCCAUCCCCUUCCGUGCUUCCCCCAUCCCCUUCCGUGCUUCCCCCAUCCCUUCCGUGCUUCCCCCAUCCCCUUCCGUGCUUCCCCCAUCCCCUUCCGUGCUUCCCCAUCCCCUUCCGUGCUUCCCCCAUCCCCUUCCGUGCUUCCCCCAUCCCCUUCCGUGCUUCCCCCAUCCCCUUCCGUGCUUCCCCCAUCCCCUUCCGUGCUUCCCCCAUCCCCUUCCGUGCUUCCCCCAUCCCCUUCCGUGCUUCCCCCAUCCCCUUCCGUGCUUCCCCCAUCCCCUUCCGUGCUUCCCCCCAUCCCCUUCCGUGCUUCCCCCAUCCCCUUCCGUGCUUCCCCCAUCCCCUUCCGUGCUUCCCCCAUCCCCUUCCGUGCUUCCCCCAUCCCCUUCCGUGCUUCCCCCAUCCCCUUCCGUGCUUCCCCCAUCCCCUUCCGUGCUUCCCCCAUCCCCUUCCGUGCUUCCCCCAUCCCCUUCCGUGCUUCCCCCAUCCCCUUCCGUGCUUCCCCCAUCCCCUUCCGUGCUUCCCCCAUCCCCUUCCGUGCUUCCCCCAUCCCCUUCCGUGCUUCCCCCAUCCCCUUCCGUGCUUCCCCCAUCCCCUUCCGUGCUUCCCCCAUCCCCUUCCGUGCUUCCCCCAUCCCCUUCCGUGCUUCCCCCAUCCCCUUCCGUGCUUCCCCCAUCCCCUUCCGUGCUUCCCCCAUCCCCUUCCGUGCUUCCCCCAUCCCCUUCCGUGCUUCCCCCAUCCCCUUCCGUGCUUCCCCCAUCCCCUUCCGUGCUUCCCCCAUCCCCUUCCGUGCUUCCCCCAUCCCCUUCCGUGCUUCCCCCAUCCCCUUCCGUGCUUCCCCCAUCCCCUUCCGUGCUUCCCCCAUCCCCUUCCGUGCUUCCCCCAUCCCCUUCCGUGCUUCCCCCAUCCCCUUCCGUGCUUCCCCAUCCCCCUCCGUGCUCCCCCAUCCCCUUCCGUGCUUCCCCAUCCCCUUCCGUGCUUCCCCCAUCCCCUUCCGUGCUUCCCCCAUCCCCUUCCGUGCUUCCCCCAUCCCCUUCCGUGCUUCCCCCAUCCCCUUCCGUGCUUCCCCCAUCCCCUUCCGUGCUUCCCCCAUCCCCUUCCGUGCUUCCCCCAUCCCCUUCCGUGCUUCCCCCAUCCCCUUCCGUGCUUCCCCCAUCCCCUUCCGUGCUUCCCCCAUCCCCUUCCGUGCUUCCCCCAUCCCCUUCCGUGCUUCCCCCAUCCCCUUCCGUGCUUCCCCCAUCCCCUUCCGUGCUUCCCCCAUCCCUUCCGUGCUUCCCCCAUCCCCUUCCGUGCUUCCCCCAUCCCCUUCCGUGCUUCCCCAUCCCCUUCCGUGCUUCCCCCAUCCCCUUCCGUGCUUCCCCCAUCCCCUUCCGUGCUUCCCCCAUCCCCUUCCGUGCUUCCCCCAUCCCCUUCCGUGCUUCCCCCAUCCCCUUCCGUGCUUCCCCCAUCCCCUUCCGUGCUUCCCCCAUCCCCUUCCGUGCUUCCCCCAUCCCCUUCCGUGCUUCCCCCAUCCCCUUCCGUGCUUCCCCCAUCCCCUUCCGUGCUUCCCCAUCCCCUUCCGUGCUUCCCCCAUUCCCCUUCCGUGCUUCCCCCAUCCCCUUCCGUGCUUCCCCCAUCCCCUUCCGUGCUUCCCCCAUCCCCUUCCGUGCUUCCCCCAUCCUUCCGUGCUUUCCCCAUCCCCUUCCGUGCUUCCCCAUCCCCUUCCGUGCUUCCCCCAUCCCCUUCCGUGCUUCCCCCAUCCCCUUCCGUGCUUCCCCCAUCCCCUUCCGUGCUUCCCCCAUCCCCUUCCGUGCUUCCCCCAUCCCUUCCGUGCUUCCCCCAUCCCCUUCCGUGCUUCCCCCAUCCCUUCGUGCUUCCCCCAUCCCCUUCCGGUUGCUUCCCCCAUCCCCUUCCGUGCUUCCCCCAUCCCCUUCCGUGCUUCCCCCAUCCCCUUCCGUGCUUCCCCCAUCCCCUUCCGUGCUUCCCCCAUCCCCUUCCGUGCUUCCCCCAUCCCCUUCCGUGCUUCCCCCAUCCCCUUCCGUGCUUCCCCCUCCCCUUCCGUGCUUCCCCCAUCCCCUUCCGUGCUUCCCCCAUCCCCUUCCGUGCUUCCCCCAUCCCCUUCCGUGCUUCCCCCAUCCCCUUCCGUGCUUCCCCCAUCCCCUUCCGUGCUUCCCCCAUCCCCUUCCGUGCUUCCCCCAUCCCCUUCCGUGCUUCCCCCAUCCCCUUCCGUGCUUCCCCCAUCCCCUUCCGUGCUUCCCCCAUCCCCUUCCGUGCUUCCCCCAUCCCCUUCCGUGCUUCCCCCAUCCCCUUCCGUGCUUCCCCCAUCCCCUUCCGUGCUUCCCCCAUCCCUUCCGUGCUUCCCCCAUCCCCUUCCGUGCUUCCCCCAUCCCCUUCCGUGCUUCCCCCAUCCCCUUCCGUGCUUCCCCCAUCCCCUUCCGUGCUUCCCCCCCCCUUCCGUGCUUCCCCCAUCCCCUUCCGUGCUUCCCCCAUCCCCUUCCGUGCUUCCCCCAUCCCCUUCCGUGCUUCCCCCAUCCCCUUCCGUGCUUCCCCCAUCCCCUUCCGUGCUUCCCCCAUCCCCUUCCGUGCUUCCCCCAUCCCCUUCCGUGCUUCCCCCAUCCCCUUCCGUGCUUCCCCCAUCCCCUUCCGUGCUUCCCCCAUCCCCUUCCGUGCUUCCCCCAUCCCCUUCCGUGCUUCCCCAUCCCCUUCCGUGCUUCCCCCAUCCCCUUCCGUGCUUCCCCCAUCCCCUUCCGUGCUUCCCCCAUCCCCUUCCGUGCUUCCCCCAUCCCCUUCCGUGCUUCCCCCAUCCCCUUCCGUGCUUCCCCCAUCCCCUUCCGUGCUUCCCCCAUCCCCUUCCGUGCUUCCCCCAUCCCCUUCCGUGCUUCCCCCAUCCCCUUCCGUGCUUCCCCCAUCCCCUUCCGUGCUUCCCCCAUCCCCUUCCGUGCUUCCCCAUCCCCUUCCGUGCUUCCCCCAUCCCCUUCCGUGCUUCCCCCAUCCCCUUCCGUGCUUCCCCCAUCCCCUUCCGUGCUUCCCCCAUCCCCUUCCGUGCUUCCCCCAUCCCCUUCCGUGCUUCCCCCCCCUUCCGUGCUUCCCCCCAUCCCCUUCCGUGCUUCCCCCAUCCCCUUCCGUGCUUCCCCCAUCCCCUUCCGUGCUUCCCCAUCCCCUUCCGUGCUUCCCCCAUCCCCUUCCGUGCUUCCCCCAUCCCCUUCCGUGCUUCCCCCAUCCCCUUCCGUGCUUCCCCCAUCCCCUUCCGUGCUUCCCCCAUCCCCUUCCGUGCUUCCCCCAUCCCCUUCCGUGCUUCCCCCCAUCCCCUUCCUGCGGGCGCUGCGCGUCGGCCAGCCUUUCUCAUUCUGUUCUGCCCACCCUCUCCCGUUCUGUUCUGCCUCCAUCUCUCAUUCCUUUCGCACUUUCCCUCAUUCCUUCCCACCCUCUCUCAUUCCGUACCACCCUAACUCAUUUCGUCCCACCCUCUCUCUUUCCUUCCCACCCUCUCAUUCCUUCCCACCUUCUGACAUUCCUUCCUACCCUCAUGCUCCCAUUCUUCUCUCUCCCUCCUCCCUCACUCUCUUUCUCUCCUUGCACCCGCACUCUCUCUCUCCUUCCUCCUGCACUCUCACUCUCCUUCCUCCUGCACUCUCACUCGUCCUUCCUCCUGAACUCUCACUCUCCAUUACUCCUGCACUCUCUCCCUCCGUCCUCUUCGCACUCUCACUCUCCUUCCCACCACCCUCAGCCCUCCUUCCCCACCUCUCUGCCCUUGGUGAAGCAGAGGAGCAAGCUGAGGGUGCAUCUAGUCGAAGCUUUGCACCAUACCACCACCUGUUUCUUGUGUGUCGUAUGCAUGCAUGA